GAACGGUGAGCUUCAAUACACAUACCAAAUAAGAAUGAAAUUCAUGUUUGCUUUAACUUCGAUAGUCAGCAUGAAGAGUAUAACAUCAUCAUCCGAUGAGUAAAGGAGGGAAGUAAAAUCUCGCGAAUUUGCAAUCGCUCUCAGAAAUCUGUGUGUUCCGCUAGGAGGUCUGCUGAUCGUCAGUAAAAUCAACAAGGAAACUACCCAAUACAUUUCGUAUUAGCAAGCUGACAGUCAUAUUGUGUAGUUGUAUUGCGACAGAACCGUUGUUAUUUUGUCGAAUCUGCAGCGAAUCUUUUUUAUUUUAAGCGGACGCGUGAAUCAUUCUGACAGAUUAGUGUGCUGCUGCUCGGAACACGAUUUAUCGUCGUUCUCCUGUGACGUGGUUGGAUUCCAUUGUUAACUGUUUUCUUGGACGGAAUACAAGGGAGUCAGUGUUUACAAGACUGUGUUUAGAAGAUAGUUUCAUCAUCGGAUUGAAAGAAAAGUUACGAAUCUGACGUGUAGUUUUGUGAAUUUUUUUUUACGUUAAAAGUGAAAGAGGAGAAAUAUUCAGAAAGCAUUCAAUUUAAAGUGAAAUUUCUCUACAGUUCUGUGCAAACUUAUUCAGUGGUGUGUGAAAAUUUUUUCCCGAAGGAAUAUCUUGUGCCGUGUACGGAUAAAUUGCAGCAGUUUUUAUCCCCGACCAAUUGCUUAACGUAAUGCGCGAGAGAAACAGCCGAAUUUAAAGGAUAACGACGGUGACAACCGGCCUGCCAGGCGUCUCAAGGCACACUUAGCAGCCUGUAGUGCAACCGUAGCGACGGAUACUUCAACCUGCCAGUACGCAACAGUUGGUCAUUCCAGCAGCAUCAGUUUUAAAACCAAGCGAACAAAAUCGAAAAAAUGUUAUUCCAUCACACAUCUGCAUGAUUUCUGAUCUGUGUUUCUCUCUACGCAUCGGGGAUCAACAAAAUUGAUUCGUUCCGUGUGCCGAAUUUCAAUCGGUGUGAAUCCGAAAAAAGGAGAGCCUUGCAAAUGAGUGACAAGUUAGUUUCGGGGCAAAGAAAAAAGUUAUUGUGAUACCUAUAAUCGAGAGUCGUUUGUUUGGUUUCAUCGCCAUAAUCAUAUACCUGUGAGAAAUUCGCAAAUAUUCCAAGCAUCAGUGUGUUACCAAGUACCAAAAGCUAAAUCCCUCUUUAACCUACCAUUGGAGAUAUCCUUAGUACUAAGUGAGGUUGAAAUAGUACCACAGGAAGUGGUUCGCUAGAAGAUUUCACAACAAGCUCGUCUUAAAAUGUUUAUCGAGGAAGAUGUUCACAUGGAAAGUUUCUGGGUGCAGACCGCCAUCGGGGCGAUCAAGAUCAUCGCCAUGGUUUACGAUAUCAUCACGAUGCCGAUCUAUCUAAUCCUGCAGCGACCUUGGAAGCGGAGAGCCCUAGCCAAACGGGUUAAGGCCAAAGUGAUCCAGCAGGAUGCGACCUCCAUCACGUACCGUGGCAUCGAUCCACCUAACGAGAUGCACAUCAAGAUGCUGCAAAACGACAUCAACACACUGGAGCGGAUGUUCAACUUCGUGACGAAGGUGCACAGCACCAAGCGGUGUAUCGGAACGCGCAAAAUCAUCAGCGAGGAGGACGAAGUGCAACCAAACGGGCGGGUGUUCAAAAAGUUCAACAUGGGCGACUACAUGUGGCGGAACUUCAUCGAAACGGAGCAUUCGGCGGCCUGUUUUGGGCGUGGUUUGCGCGAGCUGGGCAUGGAACCGCGGCAGAAUAUCGUUAUCUUUGCCGAAACGCGUGCCGAGUGGCUGAUCGCGGCGCACGGGUGCUUCAAGCAGAAUAUGCCUCUGGUUACGAUCUACGCCACGCUCGGAGACGAAGGAAUCACGCACGGCAUCAAGGAAACUGAAGUGACGACGGUCAUCACCUCGCACGAACUUUUGCCCAAGUUUAAAACCGUGCUGGCCAUGACGCCCAACGUGAAGAAGAUCAUCUUCAUGGAGGAUCAACUGCAGAAAACCGAAACCACUGGCUUCAAGGAGGGUGUGGAAAUUAUUCCGUUCUCCCGGGUGGUAGAAAUGGGCGAAAAGAGCAAAAUGCCUGGAUGUUCCCCGACGCCGGACGAUACCGCCAUCAUUAUGUACACUUCCGGUUCCACGGGUACGCCCAAAGGAGUCCUGCUGUCGCACGCCAACUGCAUCGGAACGAUGAAGAACUUCUGUGACAUUUUCAAGAUUUACCCGGAUGACGUACUGAUCGGGUUUCUCCCGUUGGCCCACGUCUUCGAACUGCUGGCGGAAAGUGUCUGCCUGCUGACAGGCAUUCCCAUCGGUUAUUCGACGCCCCUAACACUGAUCGAUUCCAGCUCCAAGAUUAUGCGCGGCUGCAAGGGUGACGCGUCGGUGCUGAAACCUACCUGCAUGACAUCGGUGCCGCUUAUUCUUGAUCGCAUCUCGAAAGGAAUCAACGCCAAAGUGAAUGCCGAGACACCAAUGAAGAAGGCUUUCUUCAAGUUUGCCUACAAGUACAAGUCCAAGUGGGUUGCACGUGGAUUCCAGACGCCCAUUCUGGAUAGGAUUCUUUUCAAGAAAAUUGCCCGGUUACUUGGUGGACGCAUCCGUAGUUGCAUGUCCGGUGGAGCACCUCUGGCACCCGAUACUCACGAACAAAUUUCGCUGUGUUUAUGUGUUGAUAUGAUCCAGGGUUAUGGAUUGACGGAGACUACCGCUGGAGCUACUGUAACAGAUAAAUGGUGCAUGGAAUACAGUGUGGUUGGGGCACCCUGCUCAAGUAACGAUAUCCGGUUGAUCAACUGGGAGGAAGGCAACUAUCGCGUCACGAACAAGCCGUAUCCGCAAGGUGAAAUCGUUAUUGGCGGCACGACCGUAUCCAAGGGAUACUAUAAGUUACCAGGCAAAACUGAAGAAGAAUUCUUCGAAGAGGACGGCCAACGGUGGUUCCGAACGGGUGAUGUUGGUGAAGUUCAUCACGAUGGUGUGCUAAAAAUUAUCGAUCGAAAGAAGGAUUUAGUUAAGCUGCAGGCCGGUGAAUACGUUUCUCUGGGCAAGGUGGAAUCGGAGCUGAAGACUUGCCCGGUGGUGGAGAAUAUCUGCGUCUACGGAGACUCCACCAAGCAGCACACGGUGGCACUCGUUGUGCCGAAUCCACAGCAUCUGGAGGAGAUCGCCGAGCGACAGGGCAUUAAGGAUAUGGAGUUCGAGCAGCUGUGCAGCUCGCCGGUGAUGGAGAAGGCCGUGGUUCAAGAGCUGGCUGAUCACGGCAAGAAAUGUAAACUGCACCGCUUCGAGAUUCCGACAGCGGUAACGCUUUGCAAGGACAUCUGGACCCCGGAUAUGGGCCUGGUGACGGCCGCCUUCAAGUUGAAGCGUAAAGACAUCCUAGAGCGGUACAAGAACGAAAUCAGCCGAAUGUACGCAUCGUAGGUUCCAAGAUCUACAAUCCUAAGCGCUUAGAGAACAGUACACAAAAAUCACACAUCACCGAUGCCGACAGUUCCCUUCCAAAGUCGUCCGUCGGUGCACUGCGUGCACCGGUUUUGGGCCACAUUGAUUGCGCUAUAUUAUUACUUUUAUCCGAAUUCAUCAUUGCACGUAAGAAUCACUGGAGGCAGUAGAGAUCCAAAAGUGCAUUGAGGUCGAGUUCCCGUUCCGGGGAAUCGACAUUGUGUAUAGAACUUUUUGGCAAUGUUUGUCAAAUUUUCGUUCCAUUCAACUAGUUUAAUAUGGUACGUCAACGUUAUUAGUUUUGUUCUGUUUUUUUUUUUCUAUUUAAUUUGUUUCUCUUAUUUAACCGCUAGUAAAAACUCUGCUGUAUGCUAUUCCUCUCAACUAUUUUGCUUUAUUUCAAAACCUUUGUUCCUUUGUUUCUUCAAAUAAUUAAAAAAAAAAAUCGACUGUAAAUCAGAGUGAGUGAGCGUUCUAUGGACUGCGUAUGUAUUUGUUGCUAAACAAGCCAUCUGUUGGCUGUUUAAAUGAAAUCACUAACUAGCGGAAAUGAGAAAGUGGAAGAUAUGUAAAGUAUAUUAGAUAUUGAUAAUUCUAACGAAUUAAAGCCUGUAAUUAAAGUGAAAAAGGUCUAUUCUCUGCGAAAGCUAGGAAAUAAUAAAAUUGCUUAGAAGGCGCGUCAAGAUCAAAAAAUAAUGGAACCAUUUUAAUGUGAUCAAUGUCCUAUCAACUGAUCCCGUGGUUUAGGAGCUGGAAAACAAACCUUUCUAUGGAAAUAAUGUAUUGUAAAUAAACAAGUGCACUGUGAACUAUCAUACUUGAAUAAUUAUAUCGUGGCCGGAGAAGCAAGGGAUGACGGCCCCCUUCUAUUUGGGGCGCACUGUUUCAUAUCCCGGGAAGACGACCGACGGAGUCUGAUUAGUUUAGUAUAGAUAAUUCCUGCUAGGUGGAUUGGGCUUGCUCAGGCAACCUUUUGCCCGUUUUGUAAAUACACAUUCAUUCACUUCCUGUAAAGCCCAUCUGUUCAUAGAUUUUGUUUUUAAUUCUCCAGUCGCCACCACGAGAGGGCCGCUGCUCAGCACAGUGCGGGAAUGUUUCUCGGCUAAAAGCGCAGCAGCGCCCCUGGAUGGAGGUUGUCAGAUUUCGAACUAACAUUCAUUGAUAGUAAAGGCACACACAGAACACAUCAUCAAGCAAAGAAAAAGUCAAUUCUACGUCACUGAGAGAAAUGCAAUUUUUACCUUUUUGUUUUGUUUUAGACAAGCAGCUUAGUUUACAAAGAUGAUCAAAUUGAUGCUACAAAGCAAUUGUAUUCAACCAUUGAUUAGGGAAAUAAAGAUAUUUAUUGUUUUCAUUAGUUCUAAGAUUAUAGAAUAUAUCGUCGGUUUUUUCUUCAUUCGUUUGAUUUAUUUUGUCGAUUUGCUGUAGGCUAUAUCAUUUGCGGUAUUAUAAACAAAUAAUAAUCGAAUGGAAGCAAAGAAAGGCAGCGCUAAUAACCAGUGAAAACAAUAAGAAGCUAAAAUAAACUGCGGUAUGGUUUAAGUUAGAUAUGGAGUAUAAAAAACGGGAGAAAACUAGAGAGUAAUUUGAAUAAAUCCAGUAGGAAUAAGUAAAACAGCAACACAUGGUGAAAUAAAACACAAAUGGACUGUAA